CUGAGGAGGAAGAUGGAGGUCACUGCUCGGUGUGCUGCUGUGCUCUCCCUCCUGCUUCUAUCUCAGGCCCUGAUGGCCGUUCACUCUCAAGAGGAGGAGGAGGAGGCCGUCCAGGUGGAGGAGGCCGUCCAGGAGGAGGAGGCCGUCCAGGAGGAGGAGCUGCAGGAGGAGGACCAGCAGAAGAUCGAGACGUGGCCAUCGACCGUCAAGGCUUGCACCUGCGACUGUGAGUCUGCCGGGCCACCGACCGCCGCCCCCCCCGCCCAACCCACCUCACUGACGCCGCCGCCACCGCCGCUUCAGGGCCACCCGCUCCACUGCAUGCCAGAAUGUCCCUACCACAGAGCGUUGGGCUUUGAAUCCGGAUCGGUGGCGUCGGACCAGAUCAGCUGCUCCAGUCAGGACCAGUACGUGGGCUGGUACUCCUCCUGGACCCCCUCCAAGGCUCGCCUCAACAACCAAGGCUUCGGGUGCGCGUGGCUCUCCAAGUUCAACGACGUGCAUCAGUGGAUCCAGAUCGACCUGAGGGAGGUGGCCGUGGUGUCCGGCAUCCUCACGCAGGGCCGCUGCGACGCCGACGAGUGGAUCACUAAAUACAGCAUCCAGUACCGCACGGUGGAGGCGCUCAACUGGAUCUACUACAAAGACCAGACCGGGAACAACAGGGUCUUCUACGGGAACUCGGACCGGUCCUCCACAGUGCAGAACCUGCUGCGCCCCCCCAUCGUGGCCCGGUACGUCCGCCUGCUGCCGCUGGGCUGGCACACCCGCAUCGCCACCAGGCUGGAGCUGCUCAUGUGCAUGAGCAAGUGUCCCUGAAGGCCACAUGGCCUCCUCACGGCGCAGCCCCGUCCCUCGUGUUACUUUGUUCUAGGACCAGUGGUGGAAAGUACCUCAAGUACUGCACUUAUACGCGUAUACUGUGCUUCCCCUCCACUUCAUCUCAGUGGUAAAUAUUGUACUUUUUACUACAACUCCAUUCUUCUGACAGCUUUAGUUUCUUUCAGGUUUGCAAUGACAAUGAAGACAGGUAAAAAAAACACACCUAAAUAACCCACAGAGAGAGAUGCCAAAACGACACAAAGAGACAUAAAAUCAAAGAGUUAAAAUGCAGCGUUCACAUCCAAAAACAUUUUAUUGAUCAACUGAUAUUUUGACUUCAGGUUUUGCAGUUAUUUUACUCGUACUGGAGUAUUUUCACUUCCACCACUGGUCAUGACGUCCAUCUCAACACCACGUGCGUUUUUAUUUCAUGAGCCUCAAAAGAAUUAAAUCUGAAAGGAAAGCCGGUCGUCUUUCUGCACUUUUCUAUCGGUCUUAAAGUCUGUAUGAUAAUUGUUUCAUCACGAUUAAGUCAAUAAGCUGCAGGUAAAGUUUCAAAUCAAUGUUUUAUUGAGAUUUACUGUUACAUUUGUAAACAUGAAUAUUCUAAACUGUUAAGCAUUCAUUUGUGGGUUAUUCUCUCAUGUAAAUGCUCUGUUGAGAAAAAAAAAAGCAGAUAAACACCG